AUGAAUCCAAUCAAUCGGAUUAAUCUUCUAUUAUCCGAUAUUCUUCAAAAUGAAUCAACAACAACAACGGCGACAGCGGCGGCGGCGGCGGCUGGAUCUUGUCAAGGAUCUGCGACUCAAGCACGUCCAUUAAUAGCAUUUUCCGAACAUGAUUACCAUUCUUCAUCAACAUCACCUUCAGUCACAGCAGUUCCAUCAAUCGCGCCAUUACAAACACGUCGUAAUCCUUCCUUGCUAAAACACCAUCGGCAACGUCAGCGUAUUCUUCAAUCUGAUAUGCAACGACAACAACAACAGCCGCCACAAGCACAACCACUUCUGAACUCGUCAACUUUAGACGACUUAUUUCGCGCAUUAACCCUUGAAUGUGAACAAUAUCUAACGUCUUCAUCGAUAUCGACUCAUGAUAGCAGGAAUAAAUCACUUAUCCCAUCGUCAACAAUCACACAAACAAAUUUUGACUCUAACGAUGAUGAUUACGAAAAUCUUCAUUUGCCAAAUCGAGUAUCUUCCAAUGGUCAUUCGUCUCUGAAAACAAGUAUCGAAGUAAUCAGUCCCGAACAGCGACAAAUUGUUUCUGUCAAUGUCUCAUCAAAAUUAUGCCCAUCGUCUCUUGUUACGUCUUCUCUUACUUAUCCAUUACUAUCGACAUCAUGUAUAACGACCUCACAUGCGCCAACAACAUUUUGUCAGUCAAGUGACGACGACUCACUUGAUUUAUCAUCGUCAAGCACAAUACGUAAGCACCGUCGUCGUCGAACGCGUCGACAGCAGAUCAUAACUCCUAUUGUUCAAUCAAGUUCAUCAUCCGAUGAACGAACGGAAGUUUGCCACGAAAAAAAAGCGACAAUUUCCAAACGUUCGUGUAGUACAGAUCAUCGUCAACAACGUAUUAAAAGCAUCUACGAUAAUCAACCAACCUUAAUACCUUCAGAAAACAUUUCUACACGGCGCCCAAUACGUCGACGUGAUAUUUCAUUGCAACAGAACUCAACUAGACAGUCGAAUGGUAUCGCGUCACGCUAUACGGAAAAUCUCUGUUCACCUUUAUCCGUACUAUUAACCUCCAAUCGUACGACCAGUGAUUUCGUUGAUCGUAUUCAACAACAAUCACAAACACGACAGUCACGACUUCAAUUCAUCAAUCAUCAUCAACCGUUGACACUACUCGAUCGUAUGCACCAUCAAUUUUAUCAUCCAUCACCGACUCGUUUCACUCACAAUAAUCCGAAUACUUAUCAUAACAUUCCUACUCAUCGAAUACCAUCAUAUCCGGUUUAUUGA